CGGAGAUGAGGGCGAGGGUGUUGACCGGAUGAAAGGGAAGCUGAUCGAAACGUACACAAAUAAAACGUCGUCACUGGCUCUCAUGUGGGAAAGACCCAGCGAAUGGGUCAACGUUUGGGGGGCUAUAAAAGUUGCCCCUGAGUAUUGCGGAGAGUCAACCUUGGUCAAAGCGCCCAAAGAGAACCAGUCGUGUACUGUUCCCUCCUGAAAAGAUGUCUCGCAAGCUGUUUGUGCUAGCCGUCCUUGCGGCUGUUGCCGCUCUGGCACAUGCUGAAGACAAGCCGGUCACCGAAAAGAAGCCGGAAGCAGAACCGACACCCGCCACUACGGAGGAGAAGAAGGAGGGCGUCGAUAGUCGUAUUGGUUUCGGCACCGGAUUUGGCCACGUAGCAGGUGGCAAUGGCUAUGGAUUCAACCGCGGCGUGUCUGGCUUCAACCAGGGUAGCGGAGGAUUCGGCAGUGCAAACGCCUUCAACAACGUGCAGGGCUUCAGGAACCGCGAUGGCUACCGCACCAACCACGGAUUCGACCAAACCACCUACAACCGCUACGGCGCUGGCUAUGGAGGUUUUAACAAUGGCUUCAACCGUGGUGCUGGCGGCUUCUACAACCAAUACGGAGGGCACGGUGGAUUCUUAGGCUGAAAGAAGAGGAACGUCACACCAGCUACAAGCGGAACUGCCAAAUCAAAGUUUAAUCCGAGGACGGAGCCUGGCGAAAUUAUUUCAAGUCACCAACAUCGAAGCCCAUUCAACGAGAACGUGACGCUCACACCACUCCAACAUGCACUGCUUUCUGUGUAGAAA